CAUUACAGGAACCUCUUUGCGCAAGAAUGAGGUGCUUUUUUGACGAUGCAUUAAAUGUGAACAUGAACGUCCCGAUUCUUCCUAGCUUUUUCCACUACAGUGAAUCGCUGCCCUCUUAGCGUAUCGUGAUCAUGUCCUCCUUAAGCACCGUAGCACGCAUUGCUUACCUUGCAUCUGAGACUGUAGUCGAUUCUCAACCUCCACUCCCUUUGAAUUCUGAAUUCGCCUCUUCGUUCAAUUCGGUAUCUCUGUCUUCAAGGCGGAGACCCAAUGUCAUAGCAGUUCCCCAUGGUGGUGACCCUGCUGCAGCACUUCUCAGAGCUACCGGAUCAGCCUUAACAUCUUUCACCGCUUUAUCAAACUCCCAGACUAUUGCGAGAUUGGUCCUACGUCUUCCGGAACUAGCAUCUUCCCCGUUAGUGCUCCAUAUAGCUCUACUCAAUGACCUUUCGGAUGUCCUUCUACUCCGGAGCGUAGUGCCAUACUUCCUAGUUUCGACAAAUGCUCAGCAAGCUCAUGACAAUGCUCUGCUGGCAACAAAGCUGGCUCGGUCCCAGAAGAAGGCCGUCGUCCAUGCAUUCUUUUCAACAAAAGAUGAUUCAGAUACUACAACAGAGCUUUCAGAAGAAAAUUUACUAACUCUUCUGUUCGACGAGAAGGGACUUGUGAACGGCUCCAAUGGUCAUACGAACGGGGUGAAUGGUCACUCUAAUGGAACCAAUGGGCACUCGAACGGUGUCAAUGGUCACGCUCAUGGGACAAACGGAUACGACUCGCCAGAGGUCGUGGAAGACGACAGAGUUGCGUUACAAUUGUUCAAGGACUACGAGGUGGCCGCAUUGAGCGUCCUCAAGGCAGUUCGUCGCCCAAUACUCCCACUCACAUCUACGGGUUCAUCAGAGCCUACUACAAUUAUAUUCACUUUAGGCAAAGCCACGUUCGAUGCUUCCGUAGAGGGUGUCUCUUUUGUCAAUGUAUCCCUUCUAUCUCCGCUUUUGCCCUCUCGUAUUCUGGGUGUUAUUCCUCCCACUGUGACCUCCGUCAUUGUCUUGGAGCAGGUACAGAACUGGUCUUUAAAGUGGACCCCGUUUUAUCUCGAAGUAGUGAGCGCACUGCAACAAAGGAAUCCUGUCGUUCGCCCUGCGGUGCAUAGCGGUGUACUGGGGGAUUCCACUCCGGUCACAGAGGGAGAUAUCUUGAAGCUCCUUUCAAAGGCAUCUAAUUCCACGUCUCAUUCCCGCCUUCAGCUUGGCUCUAGCAGCGCAGAGAAGGUCGCUUCUCAGGGACCUCAUAUUCCGAAGCACGAGCUUUCUUACACUAAAAUCUUGACGCAUUUAUUCCGGGAGCGACUCGAAAUUUCCAACUCUCCCGACUUGAUUCCUGUUCAGGGAGAUUUGGCUACUAGCCCCGAAUUUGCUCUAGGGCGUGUUCGUGGUCAGAUCGACGAAAGAGCUAAACUGCUCGUCGCUGUUCGGGACUUAUUACAGUCCGGGAAUGUCGAUGGCGAACUCCACUCCCUUCUUAGCAAGUGGGUCCUCGCCAAAGAUGAUGGUAUCAAGAGUAGAAGUCUUGGUGAGGAAAUUACGGAGAAACUUGAGCUGGUGAACACCUCAGUCGAAGUACAGCGUGUGCUUGCUUUGAAAUCUCAUUUCCCUUCCGUAUCCCGAUGGAUCAUUGGCUCCGAUGCAUGGUCGUAUGAUUUAGGUUCUUCCGGACUUCACCACGCCGUUGCUUCGGGCUUAAACAUCAACAUCUUGAUACUUGACACCCUUCCUUAUUCUCAGAGGAAUUCCGCUGACCCCACUCGUCGCAAGCAGGAUGUCGGUUUAUACGCAAUGAACCACGGCGAUGUGUACGUUGCCAGUGUCGCAAUCUACUCAUCUUACGCCCAGGUUCUCCAAGCUCUCAUCGAGGCUGACAACUUCGAUGGGCCUUCUGUCAUUGUUGCGUAUUUACCAUACGAGAGCGAGGAUGCUCUCGCGCUAAAUAUAUUGAAAGAGACGAAGCUAGCCGUAGAUGCAGGCUAUUGGCCGUUAUACCGCUGGGAUCCCAGUAAGGAACUUAAUGGCGGAGAGCCAUUUACGCUUGAUUCCGACGCUGUUAAAAACGAUCUUCAAGCUUUCUUGGACCGACAGAAUCAUUUGUCGCAGCUUGUUCGCUCCAAGCCCCAACUGGCAACUGAACUAGUCGGUAGCCUUGGCGAAACAGUGAAGGAAAUACGGAAGAAGAAGGCUCUCCAAUCCUAUAACGAUCUCCUUACCAAUCUCGACGCGCCUCCGUUAACGAUUCUGUAUGCCUCGGACGGCGGCAAUGCAGAAAAGGUAGCUAAGCGGUUGUCCAAUAGAGCUCAAGCCAGGGGCUUGUCCACCACCCUUGCAACUAUGGAUACGAUGUCACUAGAUAGUCUUCAACAAGAGGAAUUCGUCGCAUUCAUUUCUUCUACCGCUGGACAGGGAGAGCCUCCUCAGAACGGCAGACAGCUCCUCAAGGCAAUCAACGCCGCGGCUGUGCACGAGCAGGUCCUUCUUCCCAAACUCCGCUUCUCUGUCUUUGGAAUGGGGGACAGUCAUUACUGGCCCCGCCCUGAGGAUGCACAUUACUACAACAAGCCAGGAAAAGACCUCGACGCUCGUUUGGAGAAACUCGGUGGAACUCGUGUAGCUGUUCUCGGACUUGGUGAUGACCAAGAUGCUGACGGAUAUCAGACGGGCUACAAAACCUGGGAGCCUCAGCUCUGGAAGGCGUUGGGCGUGGAUUUUAUUGAAAUUACGGAGGCUGAACCGGAGCCCAUCACUAAUGAACACAUCAAGGCAGCCUCCAAUUUCCUACGUGGCACAAUUCUGGAAGGACUGGAGGACAAUUCAACCGGUUCUCUUGCCCCAAGUGACGGGCAGUUGACUAAAUUUCAUGGUAUCUAUCAGCAAGAUGAUCGCGACAUUCGAGAUGAACGUUUAGCUCAGGGAGUUGAACCCGCUUUCGCUUUCAUGAUCCGAAUUCGAAUGCCAGGUGGUGUAUGCACGCCUGAGCAGUGGCUGACAAUGGACCAGAUUGCGGACGAGCAUGGCUCGGGAACCUUCAAAAUCACAACGAGACAGACCUUCCAGUUCCACGGCGUCAUCAAGCGUCACUUGAAAUCCGCCAUUCAGGAUAUAAACAGGGUCCUACUCGAUACUUUGGCCGCUUGUGGGGAUGUGAAUAGGAAUGUCGUUUGUUCCUCAAUACCUACGAUGUCGAAGCUGCACGCUCAAGUCCAUCAGUUUGCCGUCACUGUCAGCCAACAUCUUGUUCCUCGAACCACCGCUUAUCAUGAAAUCUGGUUGGAUAAGAAAAUGGUUGCCGGGGAAGCGUUGAAAGAUUUCGAACCGCUUUACGGCGAAUUUUAUCUGCCCAGAAAGUUCAAAGUCGCAAUCGCGGUACCGCCCACUAAUGACGUUGAUGUCUUCGCGAACGACCUUGGAUUUAUUGCAAUUGUUGACGAUAACGGUGAACUUGCUGGCUUCAACGUCACCAUCGGUGGUGGUAUGGGUGUCACUCAUGGUAACAAGAAAACCUAUCCUCGAACUGGAGACCUUAUUGGUUUCUGCACUCCUGAGCAGGGCAAGUACGUCGCUGAGAAGGUCAUGCUCACUCAACGAGACAAUGGUAAUCGUGCAGACCGAAAGAACGCUCGUGUCAAGUAUACCAUCGACCGAAUGGGCUUAGAUGUGUUCAAAGCCGAGGUCGAGAAGCGACUAGGAUACCAGCUUCAGCCCGCGAGGCCGUUUACUUUCGACCGCAACGUAGAUGACUAUGGUUGGUCAACAGGCGAAGACGGUCGCCAUCACUUCACAAUGUUCAUCGAAAAUGGUCGGAUUCAGGACGAGACUGGGAAAGAAUUCAAGUCUGGUUUAAGGGAGAUUGCGAAGAUUCAUAAAGGCGCUUUCCGACUGACCACGAACCAGCAUUUGUUGAUAUCUGAUAUUCCUACUGAGAACCUCCCUCAAAUUAAAGCCAUCCUUUCUAAAUACAAGAUGGACAACCUAUCCCAUUCAGGACUUCGUCUUUCAUCUUCCGCCUGUGUUGCCUUCCCUACUUGUGGACUUGCUAUGGCCGAGUCAGAACGAUACCUUCCUCUACUCGUAGAUAAAGUGGAGAAAAUUUGCGAAGAGAAUGGUCUUCGCAACGACGCAAUUGUUAUGAGGAUGACUGGUUGUCCAAAUGGAUGCGCAAGACCCUAUGUAGCUGAAAUUGCCUUUAUUGGAAAAGCUCCUGGUACAUAUCUCAUGCUCCUCGGAGGUGGCUACUAUGGACAAAGGCUCAACAAAAUUUAUCGAGAAACUGUUACGGAACCGGAGAUUUUGGAUAUCCUCAAACCCAUGAUCAAGCGAUAUGCAUUGGAACGGAACGAUAACGAACAUUUUGGGGAUUGGACAAUCAGGGCAGGAUACAUCGCAGCUACUACUUCGGGCAAGGAAUGGUAUGACAGAAUGGGCGGAGAAGAGCAAUUUGCACAGUAAAUCACUAACAUGCCUUGUAAAUCUAAUCCUUGUUGGCACGUCGUAUCUUGCAAGUGCAAGUUCUUGUACAUUCACAUGAAAAUUUCGACAAUGCUUUUUAGGAUAGUAAAGGAUCCGGAGCUCCUUCGAGUAUAGAUUUCCGAAUCAGGAUUUA